AUGACGAUCCGGCGUAAAACGAAUGAGUCGACCUAUCCCUAUCCCGCCAUGGCUUUACGCACAGCUGUUUCAAGCCUUUCCACCAAAGCACAGAUGUUGCGAGGCAGUCCAUUGGAUUCUGAGGGGCUGAAAUGCUUGGUGCACAUCCCCAAGUCUGGAUUGCUUCUAAUUAUGUCUACGGAAACUAGCAAUGAUAAGCUUUUUCAUGUGGAGUUUUCGCAAAGAGUAUAG